CUAUGGAGGAGGGAUCCACUGAAGAGUUUCUCUUCAAAGACCAGGACUUCUCCUCUGAACUGCUGAGACAACUGAAUGCUCUGCGGCAGAGUGGGAUGCUGACUGAUGUUACCCUCUGCUCCGGGGGCUCUGAAAUCCCCUGCCACAGAAACGUGCUGGCUUCCAGCAGUCCAUACUUCAAGGCAAUGUUCUGUAGUGAUUUCAGAGAGAGUCACCAGGCUAAAGUCAUCCUGAAAGGUAUUGACGCUGAGACUUUGAAUCAGAUUAUCCUUUACGUUUACACAGGGGAGAUUCUUAUAUCCACUGAGAAUGUCCUGUGCCUGCUGGAGACAGCCUCCAUGCUCCAGUACACUAAGCUGUUUGAGGCCUGCUCUGCAUACCUCCAAGACAAGCUGACUCCUGACAACUGUCUGAGCAUGAUCAGACUGGCAAAACUCUUGAACUGCCAAAGCCUGAACAAUAAAGCCAAGGCUAUGGCUUUAAAAUGUUUCCCUGAGGUGGCCUCUUCUGAGGACCUGAAGUACCUUUGUCCCUUGGAGCUCAUCGAUUACCUCGGGGACGAUGAGCUCUGUGGGGAGGAGGAGCAGGUCUUUGAGGCACUGAUGGUCUGGAUCCGGCAUGACCUCCAGGCAAGGCAAGGCUACAUCCAAGACUUGUUCAAAAAGGUCCGGCUUCAGUAUGUCCAUCCAACAUUCCUCUUCCACUUUAUUGCCAAUGACUCCCUUGUUCAGUCCUCACCCACCUGCAGAAGCAUCCUUGAGUCAGCCCGGAGACACAUGUUUUCCCUAUACAGCACCAAUGCACCUGACAUCAAGCCCAUGCUGCACGUCCCUCGCAGAUACUCCAACCAAGAGUUCCUGGUCAUCAUUGGUGGCAGAAAGGACAGCCAGCAGACAACAAGGGAUGUCCUGCUGUAUGAUGACAAGACAAACCAAUGGCUGAGCCUGGCCAAACUUCCUGUGCGCCUGUACAAAGCCUCUGCAGUGAGCUUGCUCAGCAAUAUUUAUGUGCUGGGAGGGAUGCCUGUCAGUAGUAAAAAAAGCCCGGUCAGUGAUAACAUUUACCUUUACUCUCUCAAACUCAAUCAGUGGAGGCUGGUUGAGCACAUGUUAAUUCCACGUUACUCCCACAGAAGUUUGGCGUACAAAAAUUAUAUUUUUUCGUUUGGUGGAAUUGGUGAAAACCAGGAAAUCCUGAAUUCUGUGGAAAGAUACGAUAGUGUCUACAACACCUGUGAGAGCAUGGCAAACAUGCCAGUUGCUGUCCUUCACCCUGCUGUUGCUGCCAAAGACCAGAGGGUUUAUCUCUUUGGAGGUGAAGACAUUAUGCAAAACCCUGUCCGUCUGAUCCAGGUUUACCAUGUCUCCAGGAAUACGUGGUUUCGGAUGGAGACCAGAGUGGUGAAGAAUGUCUGUGCACCAGCUGUUGUGAUUGGAGACCAGAUUAUCAUCGUAGGUGGGUACACCAGGAGAAUAAUUGCUUAUGAUACAAAAGGCAACAAGUUUGUUAAAUGUGCAGACAUGAGGGACAGACGAAUGCAUCAUGGGGCCACUGUCAUCAAGAACAAGCUGUAUGUCACAGGAGGACGAUGUCUCACCACAGACAAUGUUAUCAAGGACUUGGAUUCCUUGGACUGCUACGAUCCAGCGACUGACACGUGGAUACCAAAGGGAAAGCUGCCACACAAACUCUUUGACCAUGGGUGCCUUACACUUCAGUGUGUCCCCUGUUCUAACCUUCUCUAAAUGACCUUGGGUACUUCCCAGGGCCUUUUGUGCUUUCCUUCUUAGAAUGGGUGCACCUUGCUCUGCAGAGAGCACAUGGGGAAUCCUCAUGAGGUCCCACAAACUCCUGACCCUGGGGGCCCAGUGACAUCAGUCAUUCCCCAAAAGCUCUUCCAGGAAAGUCAUGAGCUUUGCACUCAUGCCAUGUUCAGCUGACCAGUAUUGCAUGUGAUGCUGCUUAGUCCAGCACAGAAGCCUAACCCCAAGUCUCAGCAGAACACAGGAAGAAGAAGAUGGGUAAGAACCUGCUGCAGGGUAGGGCCUGCUACAGACUUCAUCAUGAAAGGUCAAUAGGAAUGCUGGUGUCUCCAGGAAAAGUAAGAUCUGGGUCACCUGCAGUGGUUGGAGUGCAAACUCAGCUGCAUGCCAUGGCCCCCCUUUGCUGCCCAGUGCUGACCAAGCUUUCCAUUAUGAGUGGUGGAAGCAUUUAGAAUAGAAAGCCUCAGACUCUGGUCUUGUAGCCAGCCCAACAGCAUGUGUUAGCUGUGGUAAUCACCCCAUGAGAAAUAAAAUGUUAAUAUUUUUAACAUCAAAUUAGAAAUUAGGCUGAUGCUUUGAUCUGACCUCUCACAUUGCAGCAAGAUGCAGAUUUUACUUUUCUGAGCUACUGCUCUUUCACAAAGCAGGGAGUAUUUUUUUCCAUCUGCCUGCUCUCUGAGGGAGAUAAGGGUGGGAUGAAAAUGGAGUCUGUCUGCAUCUUGUUUUUUGAGGGAUCUUGUUCUGCAGGGAACUUUCUUCUCCUUUUGCACCAGGGACAACACUGAGUUAGUUAGGAAGCCCUUUGGCUGGUGUAAUUCCUGAAAUCUGGAAUAAUAGAGAUGACACAUGGAGGAAAGGGGAUGUAAAAGAGAAGAAAUAUUUGGAAGGAACAUUUUUUUUCCCUAUCUCCUCUUUCCAAACCACUGGAAAAGAGCAUUGAGAGAAAGCUGGUGACAGGAAACCAGCUUUCCAAGAAGAGCAAGUUCAAGUCUGCCACUUGGCAAAGCAGCUCUGGCUCCACCAAUAUUUUUGUGGGGUUCUGCCACUAUUUUUAAAGGGAGAGGAUUAAUCAUCAGAUACUGAGCAAGCUGUGAACUGCUGUCAGGACACUAGGAUUGGUAAGAUUGCUGAGACAGCAAGGAGCUUUAAAGAUAGCACUGAUCACCAUCAUCCAAAGAGAGAUGGGAGAAAUAGCAUCCCUUUUCCUCAUAUUUGAAAGGAAUUGGGACUUUCCCACAGGUAUAAGAUGGUAUGAAGAAACCACACUCAACCUUCUCUUCACAGAAAACUGCACAGCCAUGUGGUGACCACCACAUUGCAGGACACCAGCUCCAACCCCUAAGAUCCCCUCCCCCCAUGAAUCUGUAUCUGGGAGCAGAAGGGUAAGAGAAAUAGUCAAUGAAAUAUGGGGAUGGAGGGAAGCAUUAAAAAUCAACUGCUGUUUUAACAAUGCAAAAUAAAAUAAUUACUAUUGUUUGUAUGA